AUGUUUUUGAGGACAGGUGGUAAUAAUGGACUUGAGGACUAUUGUUUUGAGGGUGCAGAUGCAGAGACAAACUUUCGGUCACCACAGACCCAACACACACCACGAGCAUCAAACACGCCAUUGACGCUGCAUGGCUCUGCCUCAAGAGGUAUUUCAGGCGGUCACGACUGGAAUGCGUGUGAUUUUCAUGCCUCUUCGUUGCCCCUCAUCAGUUGUGAUGGGGAUAAGUUUGGGGAUCAAAAAAUCCACAACGCAUGUAUUCAUCUCUUGUGGUGGGAGAAUUUAGAUUGUCUGUGGGUCCAGUUCAAUGAUAUUCCCAAUGAAAAUCUUACACAUAUGUUUUCGUGUACAAAGUAUAUGUGGCAUUCACAAGAGAAUGAGAACAUAUUUGAUGCAUUCAAGUGUGUCCUCAAGGAUAGAUAUAGAGAUAGGAUGAAAGGUAUCAGGAGACAAUAUGCCAACAUGACAUCAAAAGAUGGGAAACCCCUCCACCCAAGGUUUUGUAGCUACUAUGAUCGGAUGCAUAUCUACCGCCACGAACGCGUACCAUAG